AUCAUCAUUAGCCAAUCAUGUAGACACACACGGAUUAUUGUCCGCACUGUUAGGAUGGUUAACGAUAUUUCAGUGGAGUAUAGUGGGAGAAUAUCUGUAUUCUAUUUCCUUACUCUUACAUGUUUCCAAACCUUAAUAUUAUCAGCGUAUGCAAAUGUGGAUGACGUUCUUGAGAAAGGUACUCGACUUCUUGCAUCUGGAAAAUUUGAAGAAGCUCUCUCCAUGUAUAAUGAUGCCGUGGGGAAAAGCCCUGAUAAUUAUAUGACUCAUUACAAAAGAGGCACCGCAUACAUUGCAUUGGCUAAUUGUAGGAUGUCUCUUUCUGAUUUCAGCAGAGCUUUGGAACUAAACCCUGGUUUCAUUCCUGCCCGAAAAUAUCGAGCUUAUGUAGAAAUAAGGAUGGGAAAACUGACGGAAGCUUUGGAAGAUUAUGAAGCUGUGCUAACUCAUGACUCGGACGCCAGUACCAAAAUAUCCGAAAUACAUGAACUACAAGACCGUUGGGAUACUGCUCGCAAACUUCUUGAAAACAGUGAAUUCCGAGAGGCUCUAUUACUUUUGGAUAAAUUGGUAGAGUCGAUCGAUUUUGCUGAGGAGCUCCGUGAAUUACGAGCAAGGUGUUAUCUAAGUCUGGGAGAUGUUCAAAAGGGUAUUCAAGAGAUGAGGUUUGGCGUUCAUCUGACGAAUGACAAUCGCGAAGGCUUGCUUAGAAUCAGUCAAAUAAUGUAUGAUGCUGGUUUUGCCGUUCAAGCAGUCAAUGAACUCCGAGAAUGUCUGAGGCUAGAUCAGGAUGAUAAAGCCUGCCUAAGCUUUUACAAAAAAGUUAAUAAAGUUGCCAAAGCUAUAACAGCUACUCAAGAAGCUUUAGAAUCAGAAAGGUAUUCUGAUUGCAUCAGGGCAGCCACACAACUUGUCAAACUGGAGUCUUCUAACCGAGAAUACGAAAAUCAAGCAAAUAUUAGUCUUUGCCACUGUCAUGCGAAGUCAAAAAGUGCUGAUGGAGUUCCUUAUUGUGAAUCCGUCGUUCAGCAGUACCCUGAAAGUACUGAAUUCCAACUUUACCAGGCUGAAGCUUAUUUAAAUGCCGACCGAUUUGAAGAUGGUCGAAAAAUGGUAGUUUGAAACCAUUUUACAAGUGUGCAAGGGUAUAUAAAACGUGUCAGAGACAUAUUUAAAAAAUGCAAACAAAUUGAUAGGAAGGAAUUUGAUGUAUUAUGUUCAAUGGCAAAUUUUUAGUAGCCCAAGGUUUAGACUGGUGGGCAGCGAAGGUUAAAGAAAUGGAAAAGGCAGCGGCGAUAGUUAACAGUAGGCAGUUAUUUAGACUUAUUCAAGAAACUAAAGCAAAAAAAAGCAAUAGCUAGUUGGCCCAUAUGAAAAGGAUGCGUCUGUGAUUUACUUGCAGGACAGACAAAUAGAACGAUGGACAGAACCUUCGAGGAACAAUUCAACCGGUCUCCAGCUACUUUUCUAUUGCCCGUUAUCCAGUCGGAACCUGAAUAAAGUAUUGAAGUAGGACCCCUUACAGUUGAGGCUUUGAGUAACCUCCAACGAGGAAGAUCAGCAGGACCAGACGGACUAGUAGCAGAGGUAUUUAAAGUCAAUGACCAAGAAUUUUUAGUCAAAUGGAGUGUUAAUUGGUAUGUGGGAGUCAGAUGAGAUCCCAAAUGAAUGAUCUCUAUCAUCAGUCUUCAAGAAAGCUAUAUCAACGUAUCAAAAAAUACUAGAACACGAAUCUAAUAAUCAGAAGGCAAAGGAGGGUAUGAAGAAAGCUCAAAAACUCUUGAAGGCAAGCAAGCGUCGCAAUUAUUACAAAAUCCUCGGUGUUACGAAAUCAGCUUCUAAGAAAGAUAUCGAGAAAGCAUACCGAAAACUAGCGGCUGAAUAUCAUCCAGACAAGUUCCAGGGUGAAGAAAGGUUACAAGCUGAAAAAAGUUCGUCGAAAUCUCUGCAGCUAAGGAGGUCCUUACGGACAGUGAAAAAAGAGCUCAAUUCGAUAAUGGUAUUGACCCACUGGAUCCUGAGCACCAAGGCCAAAACCCGUUUGGUAGUCAUCCUUUUGAUGGUUUCCCGUUCCCUCAUAUGCAUCCAUUUGAUGGAGCACAUUUUGAGUUUCAUUUUGGAUAACUUGUUAAUCUAAUUUAUCAAAUUGUUAUUUUUCCAGUCCUCUCUGUUCUCUUCAGUCGUUUCAAAAAGGUAUUUUUGACUUUUACAUUGCCUUCAUAUUUGUCUUUCGAAGUGUCCUUAGCCAAUGCGUUGUACAUAUGACCACAGUUUUGUCUGUUAUUUUACUGUUGCGUUAAUCAACCAGUUUAUUCGAAGAUAUCUCGUCAGUGGGUAUAUCUGACAAAUAGAUGUUUGUGAUUACAUUCCUGAGCGAAAAGGGACUUUUGUAUCCAUGUAUAGAUAAAUACAACCUAAUCAUAUGUAAAAUUCUUAGUAAUAAACGAUGAUACUAAUGCCUUAUUCACAUCAAGAUUUCUAUUUUUUAUCGUAUUCAAACUUGAAAUUUGCUUUUUAUGUCGUAAUUUUUCGUCAGCGUUUUAGCUGCUGAAUGGAAAUCCAAAACUAAGGUUAUUCUGUGAUUUAAGGAGUCAGUUUGUUGUUCAGUAAGCCCUUUAUUUAAGGAGGUGAAAUUUCACUUCAUUUUGCGUAUCAAACAUGUGUAUUUGUUGACGACUAACUUGUUUUCCUUCAAACUUAAUCAUCAGAUUCUGAAAUAACUAGAGUUUCUGUAGUAUUUUAUUCAAAGACUUUAAAAUGGACGUUACUGACGUUUACAUGUGGUUGUCUAGUUUGAUUUGGUUGCGUUCAUC